AUGACAAAACUAUACAGCGGCGACACUGUUGUGUUUUACAUGGAUACUCCAAAUGGCCUCCUGAACAAAGUGUGUUUUGAAGUGAUGUAUUUUUUAUGCCGACGGGGGCAGGAAAAUCUGAGAGCGAUGACUAUAGAAACGUUUGAGCUAUCAACCGUCAGCACAGGCAAGAGAUACAUCUUCCAAAAGACGGAUGAACUUGACAAAAACCAUCGAGAUACCACGACAGGAACUGUGACACAAGGAAGAAUGUACGAAUUACAAGGUAUGCGCUAGUAUAUGGAUGCAUUUUAUUUGUAUGAUUUAUGAAUGAAUGAAUAGUAAAGUUUGAAUUUAUUCUAUUUUUAGGAAACCCUGCUUGUCCUGUAGAAUCAUUUCUGAAGUAUAAAAGUAAAUUGAACAAACAUAUUAAUGCUCUUUGGCAACGACCACUUGACAGCUUCGUACCAGAGGAAGAAACCUGGUUUUGUAAGGCUCCGCUUGGAAAAAAACACUUUGGCAAAUAUGAUGGCAACUAUUUCUCGUCAACGGGAACUAUCGCAAAGAUAUCCAAACAUUCUAUUCGUUCAACAGCAAUAACUGUUUUGGAUAAAGCCGGUUUGUUUCUUAAAACUGAAUAA